AUGACGCUACUUAUUUCGAAGGAAGCAUUAACUAACGUCAUCAACGGAGAUUCUGAUUUAGAUAUUGAUGUGGGGAAUAAGGAUUCUGAUGAUAAUCCAACGUUCAAUCUUGAAGCUGAAGGUAAUGAAGACGAAGAGGAUGACAGCUCAGAUGAAGAUGAACUCAGUGAAGAUAUCGGUGAGGCUUCUACCCAAACUUAUAGCCAAUCUUCCGAAAAUCAGUCACCAGCACUAGAUUUUUCCAACCUCGUCGCCUUUGAGGAGACUGAUCGAGUGGCCAUAAAUUUACCACCAAACGACGAAACACACGAAGAAAAACAAGUUAGUAGACGGAUUAUUUACGAAACACAUUCUUUCAAAGCGCUUCAAGAAAUAUCUGCCCACGGCCCUCAGUCAGUAAAAAUUGUGUCUGAAGUUCGUGUUGGCCUUAUUUCCGAACUCAAGUUGAAAUGCAUGAUGCGCAAUAUGACUUUCAUUCCGGAAACUAAUAAACCCGUAGAUGAAAUGGACAUCAACACCAGCGCAGUUGUUGGAUGUGGAUAA